AUGUCAACACAAUAUGAUUCAAUCGGUGCCAAAUAUGACACUCUCAAUGUCAUGCCAAUUCAACAGAUACAACAUGUAGCUAUGAAAAGACUUAUUGGCACUUUCGAUUCUCCCAAACGAGUUCUCGAGCUUGCAUGCGGUACCGGCUUCUAUACACGCCAGAUGGUAUCCUGGGGCGCUUCUCACGUAACGGCAUUAGAUAUCUCUCCGGCUAUGGUAUCCACUGCCCAGAAGUCUCUUCCAGCCGAGAUGAAAGAUAAUGUCACUUUCUGUGUUGGGGAUUGUGCUCGACCAGAUAUUUGGGAUAGUGCCGAACUCAAAGAUCAAAAAGGAACUUUUGAUUUGGUUGUUGCGGCAUGGCUGUUGAAUUAUGCACCUUCGAGGGCAGAGAUGCAACGGAUGUUUGAAAAUAUCUAUGCCGCACUGAAACCUGGAGGAAAAUUCGUCGGACUCACUGUUCACGCGGCAAUCAUCGAUAAGUUUCAGCCGGACGAUCCGCUCAAUGAGAACGAGAAACAUCUCGGUACCGUCUAUGAAGUUCUUGGGAAAGUUGAUGAUGGGUAUAGAACUUGUUGUCAUGCUUUCACUGAGCCGGAGAUUAAGUGGGAAUUCUAUUUCUUGCGAGAGGAUGUGUAUUCCAAAGCAGCACUUGGAGCAGGAAUGGGUGAGCUCGAAUGGAAUGUGGUGUUACCAGGGGAAGAACAAGUGGAAAAACUGGGUAAGGAAUACUGGCAGUCAUAUUUGGAUCGACCAAAAGCUGCUAUCUGCAUCUCGAGGAAGCCAGAUCUUGAAUGA